AUGGAAGACGACGAUGAGUUCGGAGAUCUGUACACGGAUGUUCUCAGACCUUUGUCAUCAACCUCCACGAUUCCGCAACCACACCGGUCAUCUCCUACAAUCGCACAUCUCCACCGUCCUAUCGAUCUCAAUCUUCAAUCCCGAGACGAUGACAACACCUUCUUCGGAGCUCCACGUCCAAUUCCCGGCACCCAAACGCUAGCUCCCUUUAAAUCUCAUCGUCCUUCUGCUGUUGAUGCUGCUUCAGCUCCGGAUUCAAUCCCUAACAGCGAUUCAGCUCACGGACCAAUGGUUUUGGAUUCUAAACAAGAACCUGCCGGUGGAGAAGACGUUAAACUUGGUAUUGAAGAGGGGGGUAGUAACGGUAUUGAGGGCUUCGGCUCUGAUGACCCGAAAAUCCCGGGUUUAACCGAAUCGGUUCGCCAGGAAGAGUCUGGAAGGAACAAUAACGAGAGUGAUAAGGGAAUUCGAGGCGGCGGUGAAGCGGAAGCCGAGGGAGAAGGAGAUGAUUGGGAUAGUGACAGUGAAGAUGAUCUGCAGAUAGUGUUAAACGACAACAACCACGGCCCGAUGGCUAUGGAAAGAGGAAUCAUGGGGGAAGAUGACGAUGACGACGAAGAUGAAGAUGGGGACCCGCUUGUGAUAGUAGCUGAUGGAGAUGCAAACCAAGGGAUGGAGGAGCAGGAAUGGGGUGAAGAAGGAGGGCAGGCGGCGGAUGGGGAGAGGAAAGAAGGGGGAGAAGCAGGGAAGAUUGGCGGCGCUGGUGGCGGAGGAAGCGUGGUUGCUCCAAAAAUUGGGUACAGCAGUCAUGGGUUCCAUCCGUUUCAUUCUCAGUUUAAGUAUGUAAGACCUGGUGCAGCACCAAUGCCUGGAGCCACUGCAGGUGUUCCUGGAGGAGCACCAGGUCAGGUUCGUCCACUCAUGGGUGCUAUGGCUGGUCGUGGUAGAGGUGAUUGGAGACCACCUGGAAUGAAAGCUGCUGCUCCAAUGCAAAAAGGUUUCCAUCCUAGUUUUGGAACGCCUGGCUGGGGUAACAACAUGGCGGGGCGAGGUUUUGGUGGGGGGCUGGAAUUCACACUUCCUUCUCACAGGACCAUAUUUGAUGUCGACAUUGAUAGUUUUGAGGAAAAGCCUUGGAAAUAUCCUGGUGUUGAUCUCUCUGACUUCUUCAACUUUGGUCUAAAUGAGGAUAGCUGGAAAGAUUAUUGCAAACAACUGGAACAACACCGCUUGGAGACAACCAUGCAAAGCAAAAUUCGCGUUUAUGAAAGUGGACGAACGGAGCAGGAUUAUGAUCCAGAUUUGCCUCCAGAAUUGGCAGCAGCAACUGGGCAAGAGGUUCCAGCUGAUGUUGCUAAUCUUGGAAAGUCAGAUGGCAGACAAAAUGACAUGACAAAAGGAACUGUUCGAGUGCGACCAGCACUACCAACUGGGAGAGCAAUACAGGUGGAAGGUGGUUAUGGGGAACGCCUCCCCUCCAUUGAUACUCGGCCACAUCGUAUCCGUGAUUCAGAUGCAAUUAUUGAGAUUGUCUGUCAGGAUACUUUAGACGAUGAUUCCUCCACAGGCAAUGGUGUUGUAGACCAAACAGAAAAUGAUCUUCCAAGGGAGGAUCUUAUAAGAGAUCUUGCAUCUAAAGCUGAUGUUGCACGUGAAGAUACUGAAUAUUUUGAUGGUUCUCCAGAUGCAUAUAAUAGUCGAAAGAAGGAGCCAGUUGGAAGGAGGACUGUAAAUUCUGUUCAUGGUAAUGUGCCUGAAGAAGAUGAGAUUUUGCCCUUCCCUGCAGAAGCAUCACUGCCAUAUGGUCCUGGAUCUAGGGGUCAGAGUCCUAUGUAUCCUAGUGGAAACUUUGGCAGCCCUUGUGAUGAGAGGCAUCGACAGGGAAGAGUAUGUGAGAGAUCUCCUGUCAUGACACCUAUUCAAGGUAAACGGGAUAAGUUCAGUGAUGCCCACGAGGAAGAAUCUGUUGAAAGCAUGGAUGGUAAAUCUCCUGUCCUAGUUAGAGAUGCCAGGGAGAUAAGUGUGGAGCUUAAGGAUGAUGUUGAUGAUGAGCUUGAGCCGGCUGAUGGAAUCCCUCAUACAGAAAAGGAUGAGAUGAUAAAUGAGACCCAUAAAGAUGAGAAUUCACUUAACCCCAUGAAAAAUAAAAAAAUAAGUUCGCAAGUGGAGCAACCGAUGCUUCAAGAACUUGACGAUGAUGACGAUUCUAGGGCUGCAAGAAGUAGUGAAAACAGCAAAGCAAGAUCUGGCAGCAGCAGAGAUUGUCAGAAGUGGCGAGAUGGUGCUGAGGAGGAAGUUGUUCAAGAUGGACGUUCUUCUCGCAUUGGGAUUGUCAAGAAGCAUCUUGAUGAACAUGAUCAGAAUUUCUGGAGAAAAGAUUGUGAUGGGAGAUUUGAGAAUGAAAGAAAUCGCGUGGUAGGUAAACCAGGAGAGGAUUCUUAUCCUCGCAGAGACUUUGAUGCUAGCUUGUCACAUAGUUUGCAUAUUAAAACAGAGGGUUUUGGUAGGCGAAGGGAGCGUGACAACCCUGAUGGUACUUGGCAACAGAGAGAAGAUGAUCUUUACAGCAGAAAAAGUAGAAAUGAGGACUUAAGGAGUAGAGAGCGUGAUGAUGGGAUUAGUUCUAGGAACAGGGCUAAGGUUCGAGAAAGUGAAAGGAGUAACAAAGAUGAUUAUCCACCUUCUAGAAAACUGUUGGAUAACGGCAGUUAUAAAGUUCAUCAUGAUAAAGAUGUCAGUGCUAGACACAGGGAAAGAGAUGAUAAUUUGAAGAGUAGGUAUGAAGCAGCAGUUGAUUACCACAGUAAAAGAAGGAAAGAUGAGGAAUAUCUGAGGAGGGACCAUGCAGACAAAGAAGAGAUCUUGCAUGGACACAGAGAAUCCAGCAGCAGUCGCAGGAAGCGAGACAGGGAUGAAAUCUUAGACCAGCGUAAGAGAGAUGAACAACAAAGAAUUAGAGACAAUUUGGAUGAGCAUCAUGCAGUUCGGCACAAAGAUGAGGUCUGGUUGAACAGAGAGAGGGUUGAGAGACAGCGGGAGAGGGAUGAAUGGCAUAGGCUAAAGCAAUCCCAUGAAGAAAGUUUAUCAAAACGGGAGAGAGAAGAAGGACGAGGUACUGUGAGAAGUGGCCGUGGUUCAGAAGACAAAGCAUGGAUUGGCUAUACCAGGGCAAAGGAUGAAUAUAAAGGUUCUGAAAAAGAAUACCAACUCAAAGAGACAGUAUGGCAUGGUGAACAGGUGAAGAGAAAGGACCGGAAUGAUGAUGAAAGUCUCUCACGCCAUAGAGGGCGUGAAGAUUCUUAUACACGUGGACUCCAAUUUAGUAAUGAGGAGAGAAAAUCCAGGCAGGAAAGGUCAAGCACGUGGAAUGACCCUCCUGUCAAUGCUUCAGAUAGCCAACGGGGGCAUGAGAAGAAACAUAAAGAAAACACUAGGAAGAAUAGAGGAUCUGAAGGUGGAGAACCAAUCACAUUGCGUUCUGCCAAGAGAAACCAAGAAGAUUUAAGUGUUCACAACAAUGAAACGGGCUUGAAAAAUGAUGAGAAGAACGAGAACCUAUCACAAUAUAACGCCUCCAGAAAACAUAGAGAUGAUGCUUCUUCAGACGAUGAACGUCAAGAGUCAAAACGAGGGCGCUCCAAAUUGGAACGUUGGACAAGCCAUAAGGAGAGGGAUAGGGAUUAUAGUGUCAACAGCAAGUCAUCAGCUUCCUUGAAGUUUAAGGAGAUUGAGAAGAUUAAUAAUGUGGGAUCUUCAGAAUCGAACAAAAUUCCAGAUGAAACUGGUAAGUCAGUUGAGCCUGCCGAGAACCAUCAUCCGUUGUCUGAAGAUAAGGGUGUUGGCGAGCCAGAGAUCAAGGAUGCUGAGACAAGACCAUCGGAGGACAGGCACCUUGACACUGUUGAGAAGCUCAAGAAACGAAGCGAGAGGUUCAAACUUCCAAUGUCCAAGGAAAAAGAUGCCCUGGCAAUAAAGAAGAUGGAGAGUGAGGCACUACCUUCGGCCAAGAAUGAAACUCCUGCAAAUUCAGAGAUUAAACAGGAGAGGCCAGCCCGAAAACGAAGGUGGAUCAGCAACUAAUAGUGGAAUAAGUAACAUACAUUUUUGCUGUGUUGCGAGGUGUACUGGCCCUGAUUCUUUAAUUAGUGAACCCCAAAGAUCCUGUCCUGCCAUAUAUUUUGAAAUGGCUACUAUAGCGUUCAGGGAUGGGCUUGUACCACAGUUAUAUACUAUCACGCAUGAUGUUGUAACAAUGCUGCCUCCAUGUACUUUUUCUCAAUAUUAUGUGUAUAUACUAAAGAAUGUAACAUUGAACAAGUCACAAAUGGUGGCUCAUAUCCAUUUAGUGUCAAAUUGAGGUAUGUUGCUCAGAUUAUUUAAUCCGGGUGUGAUCAGGGUUACACACGAUAAAAGAAAAUUUGGCAACAGGGUCCUUUCUUUCUGGCCUUUGUAAAAGUUGACGGCAUCAGAGGUGAGGAGUUUGUUUUCUUAAUCUGAGAUUCUUUCCAUAUGCAAUGGCAAGAGACUGAUGCUUGGAAAAGGUGGCAUGGAUGAAUGGUUGGUACCAUUACAUUGUAUACCCUAGCGCAAUCAGAUUUUACAAAUGUUUUCCAUGUUUUUGUUUUGGUUUUUCUCACGUUUCUUUUUGGGCAAUUGAUGCGGAAAGCCUGAAAGCAUUGGAGAGCUUCUUCUGUACUUGGGAAACAAGUUUAUGAAAAAAAUGAUAAGAAGGAAUGUUUUUUGAGACAUUUCCUUCCAAAUUUGGAGUGUUCAAUCUUCCUAUUCCAUUGUAAGACAAUCAAUAAAAUCACAAACUGAAAGAAGGAAAAUCGUACCUGAACUUGUUGAAUACUUGUAUUGGUUGUCUGGGAAUGGCAGUUGAAGAAAUUUGGGAGCCCAGUGCAGUUGAAGUGUUAAGUGGAUUGACAAGAUGGGCUGAUGAUCAGUUAGGUGGAUUGAAAACGUGGGCUGACGAUCAGUUGAAUUGUUGAACGCUCCGCCGAUGCAAUCUCGAGUCUGAGGCGGAGUGGAGAAGCAACCAGCCAAUUUUCUUCCAUCUCUCUUUUCUCUCUCAAAGGUAACUUAAAUCAACAGUAUUAUUUUUCCUUCUCUUUUUAGUUGGAUUUUGCUGCUAUAGACU